AAAGCUGCAGGUGUAAGUUCGCAACCAGAUAUUGACACUUUUCAUCGAUUUGGUCUUGCUUCCUUUUCUCUUGGCCCAUUCAGACUUUUCCACCCAAAGGCUUGGGAGACGAAAUGUCCGGGUGGCGUUCCGAGGAUUGCAACAGCCGGGGCCAUUGCGUAGGGCAGAGAAAGGACAUGACAAGAUGAAGGGUUUGUGAUAUAUAACAUGACUUUGUCCCGCAAGCAAGUGAAUUCCUUCAGCCUCAAGUCCAGGUCUGUCAAGAAAUCUUCAAGAUGUAUACCUCCACCAUUCUCGUGGGACUCUUCUCCCAAGCUGCUUUCUCAGCUGUCCUGCCGGUACCAAUAGCUUCGCGUGACACCCCUCUCUCAUUCGUCCCCGGUACCCCAGCUCAAGUCCCAGUGUCAAACGCCUACGACUGGAGAGCAGGAUAUGUGUCCGAAUUUACGAUUCACGGUUCUUGUAACGCUACGGAACGAAACCAGAUCUCGCAAGGACUCGAUGAAGCAGUUUUACUCGCUCAACACGCAAAGGAACACAGUAAGUUUCCUUGAAGUCAAUUCCCAAGUCUCGAAAGAUAAAGUACUAACGAGUUCUCUAGUCCUAGUCCAAGGAAACAAGUCAGAGAUCUUCCAGAAGUACUUCGGUGCCGGUCCAACAGGCCCAGUAAUCGGUUGGUUCGACCGCAUCGCAACCGCCAACCGAGCAGGAGUCCUCUUCCGCUGCGACGACCCAGAUCAAAACUGCGCUACGCAAGAUAGUUCGUUGCCCCCCAUUUCCCUUUCCGCAUCACAACACCACUAACAAACCGCCACAGACUGGGCAGGCCACCACCGCGGCUCCAACGCCAGCAGUGAAACCGUCAUUUGUGAACGCUCCUACACCACCCGUCUCCCACUCGCAUCCCUCUGCUCCCGCGGCUUCACAAUCGCCAACGGCCGCAUGGCCGAUUACUGGGGCGGAGACCUGAUCCACCGUCUCUACCACACCUCGCCCGUAGGCGAGGAAAUCAUUGACCACCACGCAGACGGGUACAACAACUGUCUCGAGCUAGCCAAGGGGGAGAACUACACACUUGCCGCCAGUAACUCGGCCACUUUGUUGUACUUCGCCAUGGAGGCGUAUGCAUUCGACAUCAGCGUCCCAGGAGAGGGAUGUGUAGGAAAGCCAGUUGCUGGUGCAGAAGAUGGACAUGGAGCGCCGGCAGCAGUAGCAGCAGCAACACCAACACCAACACCAGUUGAUCCUGUGGCGCCAGCUGAGACUACAGGUACUUCUCCUGGGGCGGCGGCGAUUAACCCAGUGAGAAUUAUUCCUGCGGAGAGUACACCUGCGCCUGCUGCUGCGGAGCCUGCACCUGCGGGAGCUCCGGGACAGGAGUGCCAUUACCAUGGUACGACCUUGCACUGUGUUUAGGAGGUUGGUAAUGAUAUCAUAAUAAACGACAUUGAUGGAAAAUGAAAAAGGGUAAUUUUUAGGGAUAAUAGAAAAGGGGCUUUGGGAAUGUAAUAAUGAAUGGAAAUUAAAUAUGACAGAGGGCUUGCGAAAUGAAUGAUUGUGACUAAACUUAUGGCCAUCGACUAUCUUUUCAAGCACAAGCUCCUCUGGUCGUAUAUACAUAGGAUUAUGAGAAUGUUGUUGGUAACAUUCCUGGAAAAGAAACCAAAAAGCAAAAUAGCCGAUUAUCUGUGGUAAACAAUCAAUGUUAUUGGUGAGUGGGCGUAUUAGAAGUAUGACUUUGAAGAAAUAGCGUAUGGCAG